AUGUCCUCCGGAUUGACUCCCGUUCUCUCCCCAGAGGCCUGCCCUCCUGCUGGUCCCUACAGCCAGGCCAUUAAAGCUGCAGGACAAGUCUGGGUCGCCGGACAAAUCCCCGCGGACUCAACUGGCAAGUUGGUUACAGGCUCCAUUGCCGAGAAGACCGAGCAAUGCUGUAAGAACAUUAAGGCUAUCUUGGAGGCUGCUGGAAGUGAGAUACCCAAAGUUGUCCGCGUCGGGGUCUUCCUCUCCGAUAUGAAGUAUUUCUCGGAGAUGAACGGCGAAUACGAAAAAUGGUUCUCUCAUAAGCCGGCGAGAACCUGCGUCGCUGUGCGAGAGCUGCCUAAAGGCGUUGACGUCGAGAUUGAAGCCAUUGCAAUCCAAUAA